AUGGCCAUCAUCGUUCUCUCUCCCCUUACCCUCGCGCUCAUCUGUUUCACCGUCUUGGCAUUCGUUACUGGAUGCGCCGUCACCGCUGCUGCCUUGGUCUCCCGCCGCCAAGCUUGCCCGAGCAGCUCUACUGUCGUCGACGUCGAGGCUCAACCUCAACUCUCUGUAUGCAGCACCUCCACAGAGAAACCCCAGGACUCUACUACAGCUUCUAUCACGAGCUCUAAGGAGCCGUGCGAACUUACCCCCACCUCUCUCUGUGCGACUUCUAUCAGGAUUCCUGCCCUCGAUACGAAUCCGGACAAAGUGUCGAUGUCGGAUGAUUCGAUGCUGGGUUCCUCAGAAGAUGCCAAGGCUACUUCAAGACACGGCACCGCCUACGAGACCCCAGAGCAAGACCGGUACACCACAAUUCCUCGACGCAGCUCCGCUCUCGCCAAGGCUAAGGCUAAAGCGAGAGCCCGGCAGACGCUAUCAUUGCUUCGGGAGUAUGGGAUUUCUCUAGGUACGCCGAACGAUUCAGGCCUCUGCAACGACGUCAUCCUCCAUGGUCCUCCUGAGCCUACUGUGGCCGUCGAAGAGCCGUCUUCAGAUCCCCGGGCAUUAGCUCUAGCUGAUGGUCGGCUGACGCUGACUCCGGAGGCAACUACCACCUCCCCCGAGCUCCCCUCCUCGAACAUCAAAGAGCUCUCCCCCGCUCUUCAAGUAUCCUCUUCAGCAUCCCUGGAACACUUCCGUACAUCAUCUGAGCCCUUAUCAGCAUCUGUAGCAUCCACUCCUAGUCUGACUAGCGCUGCCUCCACCCCCUCGAACACGACCUCCUGGGAGGUCCAGACACCACCCACGACCAGCAUCGCCGGCAGCCUCAGAUACGAUUCCUUCCCGACACUCAAGUCCCUGGAGAUGCGCUCAGUUCCGGUGGACGCGGUAGUUCUCGCGCCCGCGGGAGUCUUGCUGGCGUCAGGCUCCUUCCCAUCCUGCGUCAGUGGCAUCAGCGAGAUCUUCCUCAGCGGCCGAGACUUGGCAAGUCCAACUUACGGUACGGACGAGAAGCUCGUUUCCGACUCGCCCAAAGGCCUCGGUUUCGACGUGACCACCUCUGCGUUGCCCGUCUCCUCAGAGCUGGGUGUGUCAUCCGCGCACAGCUCGGCGGAGCUUGCGGAGCUUGCGGAGGCACAGGGGCCGCUGUACUCUGCCUCCCCUUCCUACAACAUCGCUAGUCACGGCGAUACCACCUUCAACGUUUCUCUCGCUUCUGACGCCGACACCGCCUGGGACAUGGACGCCAGCGAAAUGAAGUCCACAAUCAGCAAGCGUUAUUCCGACCUCCUCGACGCCCUCACCACCUCAUUUUCAAUCACCAGCCUCAAGGACCCGCGCAGUAAUCGGAGCAGCAUGAGUUCAGUCUCAGCCUCGUCUUCCGCUUCCUCUGCAGCCAACCUACCCGAUCCCAACUCAGGUCUUGACCUCUACUACGAUGCUAGCGAGAGCGACAUGGAUAGCUCCUAUAGCUCCGAAGCCAGCGAGGACGUCUUCCAAGCAGAUCCCGAACGUCUCGCGAACCACACCCUGCAUGAAAGCUGUUCGUAUAGCAUGCACCCUGUCCUUGCCCUCUAA